CACUGAAUUCAGUGAAGAUAGUCACCAUGAAGUUUAUGAUCUUGGCUUUGUUUGUUGCUGGCGCCUAUGGGUGUGGCCUCCCCACCUUUCCCCCUAUCGUCACCAGGGUGGUCGGUGGAGAAGAAGCCCGUGUGCACAGCUGGCCCUGGCAGGUCUCUCUGCGGUACGAGAGUGGCGGCAACUUUUACCAUACCUGUGGUGGCACUCUGAUCUCCGACCAGUGGGUCAUGACUGCUGCUCAUUGCAUCAGCAGUUACAACACCUACAAGGUCUAUCUGGGCAAACACAAUCUGUAUGACGACAAUGAGGUUGGCGCCAUGGCCUUUAACCCUGCUCAGAUUAUUGUUCAUGAGAACUGGGACUCUUACAGAAUCCGUAAUGACAUCGCCCUGAUCAAGCUAUCCACUCCCGUCAUGUUCACUGACGAAAUCAUGGCUGCUUGCCUUCCUGACUUUGGUGACAUCAUGGCCAAUGGUGCUCCCUGCUACGUCACCGGGUGGGGACGUCUCUGGACUGGUGGUCCCCUUGCUGACACCCUGCAGCAGGCUCUCCUGCCCGUGGUCAGCUACCCCUUCUGCAGCAGGCCAGACUGGUGGGGCAGCCUGGUCACAGACAAAAUGGUCUGUGCUGGAGGAGACGGUCUGCUGGCCAGCUGCAACGGAGACUCUGGUGGUCCUCUGAACUGCCAGAACCCUGAUGGUUCCUGGGAUGUCCACGGUGUGGUAAGCUUUGGCUCCAGCAUGGGCUGCAACUACCCCAAGAAGCCCUCUGUCUUCACUCGCGUCAGCGCUUACGUGUCCUGGAUCAAUCAGGUGAUGAUCGCAAACUAAGAAGUGGAUUGAUUGUUGGUUGUUACACUUAAUCAUCAAAUAAAGAAUGUAGUGCAAACA